AAUGAGGACUUUUACGUCACGCUUAGGUCUCGUUGCUUGACAUUGCAGCAAGUUUUUUGUAUUUUCUGCCGGCAUUGAAUGUGCUGGUUCGGUCAUGCGCGUAAGGUGAUGCGUUCGCCAUUCCGAUUUGACUAAUUCAUUUGUGUAGUUUUGUGCAUUCCCAUAAGAUACCAUGUCACAGUUGUGUUAUAACAGGGGUUGCGGACAGCGUUUUGACGCCGAGCAGAAUUACGAUGGUGCCUGCACAUACCAUCCUGGAGUGCCCGUAUUUCAUGAUGCUCUGAAGGGAUGGUCGUGUUGUAAAAGAAGAACAACAGAUUUUUCAGACUUUUUAAGUAUUGCGGGUUGUACAAAAGGGCUACAUAACAGUGAAAAACCUCCAGAGCCCAUCAAACCUGAAGUUAAGAGUACAGAGAAGAAAGAAGUAGACUUGAAGCCUAAAUGUCACGAAUAUGUUAUUCAGGCACCAAAGCAGAUUCCCUCUUUUAACAGACCAAGCGCUGAUGAACCAAUGAAAAGGCUUCAAAGUAAAAUUUCACCUUCCCUAAAACAAGCAUUAGAGAAGUUAACACUGAACAAUAAAGAGGCCAGUAAAGAGGAAGAAAGUGAUGAGAUUAAACCUGGAACUUCAUGUAAAAAUUCUGGCUGUUCAAAGAGCUAUGUAGGACCAGAGAGUAAUGAGGAGAAAUGUGUACAUCAUCCCGGAGUUCCUAUAUUCCAUGAAGGAAUGAAGUAUUGGAGUUGCUGCAAAAGAAAAACAUCAGAUUUUGACAACUUUUUAGCACAAGAAGGAUGCACUAGGGGAACACAUGUAUGGACCAAAAAAGAUUCUGGAAAGAAAGUUGUCUCAUGUCGGCAUGACUGGCAUCAAACAGGAAGUCAAGUAACCGUUUCAGUUUACGCAAAAAAUACAAUACCAGAACUAUCGUUUGUGGAAGCAAACAGCACAGUGCUAAAUAUGCACAUUGUGUUUGAAAGCGAAAAGGAAUUUCAGCUGAAAGUAAACCUAUGGGGGGUAAUUGAUGUUUUUAAGAGUUACGUAACUAUGACCGCCACCAAAGUCGAAAUCAUCAUGAAGAAGGCUGAGCCUGUGCUUUGGGCAAAACUUGACUUACCACCACCUAUCUCUGUGCAGAACGAAAAAGAUAAUCAGAAGAAUGAAGAAACAUGUGAAGAACUAGAUUGAUGAUAAAUAUAGGAUUUAUAAAGUCAUAAAAUUAUUUUCUGGGAGUGGUGUGUAAACCAAAGGUUUUAUAACCACUCUUGAGAUCAAGCUUCUCAUUGUCAUUCCAAACUUACAUGCUGCAUUAUUUGCUGUUCUUGAUAAAAUUAAGAUCAACAUAAAGUUGCUUUGAAUAAG